AUGAAUACAAGAUGUCCAGCGCUGCGACAAGCAAGAAGACGAUUCAUCCCUUCCCUCCUGCUGCUGCUGGCUCUGGCUCUCCUGCUGCUGGUCAGUGUGAAGAACAACUUCGUCACUCGAAGUUUCGACACUUUAGAUGACAUCCAGACAUUUCACAAGUACAAUAUUAACUGUUCGGCUAUAUAUGACAUGGACCCAGUGGAGGUGGGUAAAUCUUUGAUCAUCAGACAGAAACAAGUUGUGGAGGAUACGGAUGAAAGUCUGGUUAACCUCACGACGAGCUGCUCGUUAUUCCUCAAGUCCAGAGGUUAUGAUGAGGUGUUUGUCUCAGAGGAGGAGAGAGACUUUCCUCUCGCUUACUCACUGGUUGUGCAUAAAUCUGCCUGGAUGGUAGAGAGACUCAUCAGAGCUUUGUACUCACCCAGCAACAUCUACUGCAUCCACUACGAUCAGAAGUCUUCAGCUCAGUUCAUCGCGGCUGUGGAGGGUUUAGCUCGCUGUUUGCCCAACGUCUUCAUCGCCACCAAGAGAGAGUUUGUCUUUUACGCCAGCAUCAGUCGACUAAAGGCAGAUCUCAACUGUCUGUCUGACCUUUUGGAGUCAGAGGUCAAGUGGAAGUAUGUCAUUAACCUCUGUGGACAAGAUUUCCCCCUCAAGUCCAACAUUAAGCUGGUGUCUGAGCUUAAGAAGUUAAAUGGAGCCAACAUGCUGGAGACGUGUCGACCCUCUGAGUAUAAAAAGCAGAGGUUCACCUUUCAAUACGAGCUGAGGGACGCCAGGUUUGAAUAUAAGAAACUGCCGGUGAAAACGAAGCAAGUAAAAACCCCGGCGCCGCACGGCAUCGAGGUGUUCUCCGGCAGUGCCUACUUUGUCUUGUCCUGGGACUUUGUCGUCUACAUCAACUCCUCCGAUGUGGUCAAGGAUUUCUUGGCGUGGUCGGAGGACACCUACUCUCCAGAUGAACACUUCUGGGCCACUCUGGUGCGACUGCCUGGCGUGCCAGGAGAGGUACCCAGAUCACACCCCGAUAUCACCGACCUGAUGAUUAAGACCAGGCUGGUAAAAUGGAAAAACCUGGAAGAGAAGCUGUACCCGCGCUGCUCGGGGAAACACGUCCGCAGCAUCUGUAUUUACGGCGCGGCUGAAAUGCGUUGGUUGCUCAACUUCGGCCACUGGUUCGCCAAUAAAUUUGAUCCCAAAGUGGACCCCAUCCUCAUCCAGUGCCUGGAGGAGAAGCUAGAGGAGUAA